ACAAAGAUAAAGAGAAUGAGAUAGAGGAAGGAAAAAAGAGGGGACAGAUAGAGAGACGAAGGCAGAGACGGGGGUGGGGGGGUGCUUGCUGUUAAGGAUGGGUGGAGGCUUUGUAAAUCUGAGAGGCUGGAGGCGCAUUUGAAUUCAGGCUGUGUGUCUCCUGCGCUAGCCGAAUGUUACCUGCUCUAGCAUGGCAACAGAGAGAGAGGGAGAGCGGUGAGCUUCAGCUGCAGCCUCCACACACACACACACACACACAAACACACACACACGUGCAUACACAGUCACAACAGGAGUGCAAGGAGUGACUCAGGUAACCAGGAACGCUCCUGAUGAGAUAGGACCUUUGAGAGAGGGAAGCAGCGUGGUGGAGUGAAAGGGAGAGAUACUGGAGGAGGAGCUAUAGAGCUGGGAUUUUUUUUUUUUUGAGGAGGAAGAAAAGAGGAAUUGCACAGAACCUGAAAAUCUCUGUAUCUGGACUCCCAGGGUGGGCUUACAAGGGAGGGAUAGACAGGGAUAUAGGCAAGACGGAUGUGGAGUGAAGCGAGAGCUCUGAUUGGAUAAAUCCGACAGAAUAGAGAGCAGUGAGAGACACACACAGAGAAGAAAAUGACAUUUAGUUUUUGUAGCAAGACUAUUCGGGGGGCUUAAGCCGGGGAGGCUGGAAGGGAGGGUUUUUUUCUCGACAGGGCGAGUAGCCACAGAGAAAGACGGGUGAGGUGGGGUAGUGUAAAUAAACACAGGAUGGAAAAUGAACCACCUGUCCUUCUGAGUUGAGGUGAGCACACACACAAGAAGAUCUCACACUCACACACUCCUCAGCACAUCAGACUGGUCCCCGGGACAGUCGCUGGACUCAGCAUCCCGGCUCCCCACAGAGCAGCAGGACUUUGAGGAUGCUGUGAGACGUUUUUGGCUCCCGGAUCACCUGGACUCAUCUGAGGACAUUAACUUAUGAGAGGGACCAGCCACUGAACCUCCCCCCCCCCCCCCUCCCCCCCAGGUGAUCCUCCUCCCCUUCCCCUCCUGUGAGAACCUGUGGAUAUUAGGGAGAUUUUUUUUGCAGGAUCUCCAACUCAGCUGAAGAGCUGGCGAUCAGGUAGAUCACCUGCACCAUGAGGAUCCUGUGUGCAAGCCUGGCCUGAGACGACCCACCCCGGAGGCUCUAUCGGCCUGUCCCCUCCUCUUCCCCCAACUGGAUGUCUUAAUGUAUUGCUGUGGGCUGGGACACUGGCGGAGAGUGCAGUCCACCUAUGGAGAGCGUCAGGACCCGGAUGUCGUUGAGGAAAGAAACGCUCAGGUGCAGCUGGAGAAAGCCAAGUACAAACCUGUGGCAUUCGCAGUACGUUGCAACUUCUCUUACACUCCAGCAGACGACGACAACGUUCCUGUACCGGGCCAGGCUGUCACCUUUGAGGCCAGAGAUUUCCUCCAUGUCAAAGAGAAGUUUAACAAUGAGUGGUGGAUCGGACGGCCGGUGAAGGAGGAUGGUGUGGUGGGCUUCAUCCCCAGUCCAGUCAAUCUGGAAACCAUUCUCAUCAGAAGAGAAGUCCAGGCGAGGAAAGCUGCCAAGGCCUUAGCCAACAAAGCAGCAAAUCAAGUAGCUCAAGAUAUGAACUCAAAGAAAUAUACUCCUCCAUCACAAGCCAAUCAGCAGGUGAAAAAGAAACCGGGGGAGCAGGUGGCUAUGUAUGAUGUAGUGCCUACAAUGCGUCCUGUGGUUCUAAUGGGACCAUCACUGAAGGGCUUAGAGGUUACAGAUAUGAUGCAAAAAGCACUAUUUGACUUUUUAAAACAUCGAUUUGAAGGCAGAAUUACUAUUACACGAGUCACAGCAGACAUCUCUCUGGCCAAACGGUCCAUCCUCAACAACCCUGGCAAAAAGGCCUUAAUGGACCGGUCGAACACGCGCUCCAAUUUAGCCCAGAUCCAGGGUGAGGUGGAGCGAAUCUUUGAGCUCGCCCGCAGCCUGCAGCUGGUGGUUCUAGAUGCAGACACAGUCAACCACCCUCUCCAGGUGGCCAAGACCUCCCUGGCACCGAUCCUAGUCUAUGUCAAGAUCUCAUCACCAAAAGUGUUAACAAGGCUGAUCAAGACUAGAGGGAAAUCACAGACCAAACAUCUUAAUGUUCAAUUGGUGGCAGCAGACAAGCUCGCCCAAUGCCCCUCGGAAAUGUUUGAUGUCAUCUUAGAUGAGAACCAGCUAACUGAUGCUUGUGAGCACAUUGCUGAUUAUCUGGAGUCUUACUGGAGAGCCACUCAUCCACCAGAGAUGGAGCCUGCCAACGCACUAGUGGCUCAGCUGGCUGAGAAUACACUGCCCACCAGUCCUUCAGCAAUACCGGAUGGGCAGAAAAACAAGAAGUCGGCUGCCCCUAAGAGGAAGGGUUCUAGGGAGAACCAUCUAGACCAGGAUCCCCCUUCAGCCCCAGCACAGGAAGAGAGGGCUGAGGAGGGCCAAAGAGAGGAGGAAGAGCGACUCCUGAGGACUGAACCAAAGAGACCCCAGCACACCCACCACAAUCACCAUCACCACCACCAUCACCGCCGUGUGGAGCAUCACAGCCACACUCAGCACAACCAAACAUCUGGUGCCAUGGAAGUACAGUCGAGCAGGGAUUAUAGCCAGAGGCUGCCACGCAGACACCUGCCUGAGGAGAGGGAGGAAGAGGUGGAGGAUGUGGUGGAGGAGGAUGAGGAGGAGACUCGCUAUAACCACCGGGGCCAUAACCACCACCAUCACAACAGCAACCAUCACCACCAUCACCACCACCACCACCAACAUCACCGUGGGAACAGCCAGCCACACGUCGGGGAAGACUAUGAGCAGGAGCACAAUGAGCGCAACCGGCAGCACAGGCACCACCAGCAUAUUCCACCACGGACACACCAGAAGGAUCACUAUCCUGCACACAAUCAUCACAACUACCACCACUACCACGGCAGAGACAGAGACAGAGACAGAGACAGAGAAAGACACAAGGACAGGGAAAGAGACAGAGACAGGGACAGAGAUAGGGAUCGAGGCAGAGAUAGAGACAGAGAUGCUCGACAAUGGCACAGGGACUCCUAUAUACACUAGUGACUGUGUUGUUUCUUCCGUGGGUUGGUGCAUGGUUUCUAUGCUGCUCAAGUAACAAUGCACUAAUGGAUGGGGCAGAGUGGUGUGUCAUCUUUGUAGACAAUGUUUCUCCUCGUAUUGUUUGCCAUUUUUUUUAUUAUUCCACUCUGACACUCAUGCUGACACACUUUCUCCUUUCUUGUUCUUCACCCAAAUGAAUAGUAUCUCUUUUGUCUGUCAUAUUUUCACAUGGCUCUAUCUGUGUGUAUUUUUGCACAAACAUUAGUCAAGAUAAAUGCAACAGGGUGCUCAUGCUGCAUCUGUUCUAAAGGUUUUCAUUUUGCAUUGGUCACACAAAUGUACGGAAGCCAAGGACGGUCAAGGUUGCUGUUAUCUCAGGAUAAAAUGUUUGUUUUCUUGUGAUAACAGGAUGAUUCAGAGUUGCUUGUACACUUAGCUAAAACUAAUGCUGUGUAAUGCAACAGUCCAGCAAUAUAUCCUACCUUUAUAAAGGUUAUUAUGAUCAGUUUUUGUGUUGAAUUGUAUUGCAUUGUUUCUGUUUAUGAGGCUCUAGAAGCACUUCACACCAGAUGACUUCUGGGUGUUGUUCUGAUUGUGCAAAGUGAGAGAUAGUAGAGAAGAGUCUGCGAUAGAGGGGGCCUUUUUCACACUGUUCAAUUCAACAGCGUCUCAAACUACAUCGUCCAAAAUGACCAUCCAGAUGAAUCAAUACUUAGCUAGGUGUACCUAAUAAACUGGCAACUGACUGUAUUUUGAGAAAAACAAAACAUCCUCUUCCUGAGAUGUCUCCAAAAAGUUAUUUUCCCAACAUAGCAAAAUAAACAUCUUGUUAAAACUAUAAAUAAAACUAUAACUAAAUAAUUAGUCGAUUGAGACGAUAAUAUUCAGCAAAUAUUUUAAUAGUUGAUUAAUCGUAAUCAGCAUCUUUUCUAGAAAAGAAUUUAUAAAUAUAAUUGUAAAUUGGAUUGUCUUUGGCUUUUGGACUGUUGGUCGCACAAAAAAAGUUAUUUUACAAUUUUAUUUCACCUUUUCAUUGUUUUUGAUGUUUUAUAAACUACAUGGUUAAUUGAUUAAUCAAGAAAGUAAUCAGCAGAUUAAUGGAUUAUGAAAAUAUUUAGUUGUAGCCCAAAACUGGUUAUCAUGAAAUAAAAUCUCUGUUAUCCGGACAUAACAAAAUAUUUAACUUAAAAUAAAAUAAAAUUAUUGAAACUGUUCUCGGCUUCCAUACAAUGAAUGCAUUUUAUAAUUUGUGUUUCUACAAUGGGAAGUUUUGUCUAAUCCAAUGGUCAAAUAACUGUGGGGAACAACGGACGUUUGUGUUUCAGUGUCACAUCUGACUCUGCCCUCAUGUGUUUAAAUUGGUGUAUAUCUUCAAAAUUAAACAAUUUAUUUUAAACAUAAACAUAAACUAUUUUUCUACAUGAUUCUAAAGGGAAGUCAUACUUUGCUUCCUACUUUUUAAAAUGGUGUUCAAGCAUAUUUAUUGACUUGCAUCUGCUCUGUCUGGAAGCAUGAAAAAUAUUUUGGUGACACUGACCUAUGCUAUAUGCUGGAUACUCUAUGCAUCUUCUUGUGAUAAAAUAUAUUGCUUGAAUACAAUCUCUAUGCAUUUGUACAUACUUCAUAAUUGCCUUGUUAGGUAAAUGUAAGUAGAACCAGAGAGCCUGUUGCACUGUUUGGUAGAACUUGACCUACUGUGUAUGAUUGCUUUGAGGUGAUGAGACUGAAUUGACUCUCUUCCUUUCCAAAUGAUUGCUUUUUUUUUUUUUUUUUGUACAGCAUUCAGAAGUUAAUUUUGACAAAUGUGCAUUCUAUUGUUGAAAUGUCAUUAAAAUGUAAAACGAAGAA